CUUCGAUCGGUCUGUUGUUUAGUCGUCUCCAAGAGCUAAGGCUUCGGAGAUCAUUGGCUCUGUUUGAGACAGUAUGAGCGACGGUAUUGACUUGUUACUCCUGUGCUUAUUCACAAUCCUGAUUCCAGUAUGUCUCGUAUUUAAUGCUUUGGUUUUCGCUGUUAUUUAUCGGAGCAAAUCAUUGCGAAUUCCCAUGAACAACUUGAUCUUCAACUUAGCGAUAACAGAUUUUGUGAUUGGCUUAUUCAUCUUCCCUCGUCACGUGCUUUUCAGUGUCAUUGCAUUACGUCAUCCAGUAGACACCACAGGUAACUACUUUUGCAAGUUCAUAACAGGGAGUGGUACCCUGUGGACUAGUUCCACGGCGUCUGGGUUUUUACUCAUUGCCAUCGCCGUCGAACGCUAUACGUCCAUAAUGGUUCGUAGCCGAAGGGCGCCGCUUACAACCUCGCGCAUCAAUGCCGUUGUGGCGUUUUGUUGGCUCUCAGCUUUCGCGGCGAACUUGCCAACGCUUAUCGUUUUUGCCUACGACGAAACGAUUGAUUUCUGCGUGGAAAACUGGCCAAACUGGGUUUCGCCCAAGGCUUAUGUGAUGUGUAUCUUCUUCCUGGGCAUAAGCUCAGUUCUUGUGAUGUUCCCUUUGUAUUUUCGAAUCAUUUACACGCUAUGGUGCAGACAACGCAGGGCAACGGAAAUCUCACAGGCGGCCAGAUUACGCGCACGCAAAAACAUCACCAAAUUGCUAGUUUUGGUGACUUUUAUUCACACAAUUUGUCGUUUGCCUAACUAUAUGACUUAUCUAUUAACCUACUAUGCUCCCUCAGUCAACUAUGGUUCCAACACAUACAACUUUACAGUUCUGUUGAUUCUGCUGAACUCCGCUGUGCACCCGUUCUUAUUGUGUUGGAACAUGCAGGGCUUUAGAAGACCCCUGUUUGUGUUGUUUUGUUGUUGCCAAGCCAAUAGGAUAUUUACUGAGCCUGAGCUUGAGCCCUCCCACGUGAGUACUCCGCCCGUCAGAGGAUUUGCCUUCCUUCUAAGAACCCCAGAACAAGCGCGCCCACGAACCACAUGAAUGUGUGGACAAUAGAACGUCGGAUCAAGGCAGC